UCAUCUUGCAAACAUGGCGUCCGGAAUUUGUGCAACUCUUUUGAGGAAAGUAACGUCUAUCAUCCAUGAAAGUGGCCAGAAGUGUUCACAGCUUCCCGUCUUGAGUGUGUUCUCCCAACCAGACAGAGUGCCAUCCAGACCUUACUAUGCAGACUGGAAGAUGCUCCGCGAUGUCAAGCGACGGAGGCUCUUCAAGGAGUAUGGCGUCGAGAGGAGACGAAUCAACUGCAUACGGAAGAACACCAUCCUACCAGAUGAGCUUAAGGAGAUAGCAGACCGUGAGAUUGCGGCCUUUCCGAGGGACAGUUGCUGGAUACGACAACGCAACCGCUGUGCUAUCACCUCCAGGCCUCGCUCCGUGUUGCCCCGCUGGAGACUCAGUCGUAUCGUGUGGCGCCAAGUUGCUGAUGCCAAUCAUAUGUCCGGAGUGCAGAGGUCAUCCUGGUAAUGACCUCUUCAAAAAACAGUGCUGCAGAUGCUAAUCAUAUGUCUGGAGUUGAAUAUUCAUCUUGCUUGGACUUGACCUCUGCAAAACUGAAGAGGUCAUCUUGGUAAUGACCUCUUCACAAAACAGCGCAGGUACUGCAGAUGCUUUAUUAUAUGUCUGGAGCGGAAGUGGAAGUAUCAUCUUGCUCGGACAGGACCUCUGCAAAAUUAAAGAGGUCUUCCCUGGUAAUAACCUCUGCAAAACAGUGAAAAUGUUUAAUUACUGUCUGUCUGGAGUGGAAAUGUCGUCAUGUUUGUUAUGGCCUCUUCAAACAAAGUGGAAGUGUUAAAAUACUGUACAUAAUAUGCACACGUUUGUCUGGAGCAGAAAGGUCAUCUCGGUAAUGACAUCUGCAGAAAAUGACCCGUGAUCGUCUAGGUAAUGACCUCUGAUCAUGAACAUGUACAGUGUAGUAAUAGCCUGUGUUCAACAUGGUCAUGACCUCUGAUCUUAUUGGUAAGAUUAACCUCUGAUUAUCUUGAACCUGUGAUCAUCUUGGUAAUGACUUGACCUCCAAUCAUCUUGGAAAUGACCUCUGAUCAUAUUGGACCUGUGGUCCUCUUGGUGAUGGCCUCUCAUCAUUGCUGUUAUGACUUCUGCAUAGUUUGUGUUUAAGAUGUGUUGGGCCUAAUGUACCAACGUUUACAAACCUGAAUGGUACUGGAUAAGUCAUGAUUGUUAGAAACUCUCCUGCAUCUUUAAGGGUAAUUAAAAGCCCUUGAUUUUUGUUUUUUACAACACUUCAAUUGCAUUGCUGGAUUUUCCAAUGCCACAAGCGACUACACAUACAUGUGUAAGUCAUGUAUUGUUGGGACAUGUACGUUCACUGGUUUGGCAUGUAGAUAUAACUUUCCGAUGAAUUAAACUUCAGCCAAAGUUCAUUGACUGAUUCUUGAUACUAGUAUAAAAAAUGUAAACAUUGUUUUACAUUGUGAGAGGAAUGUACUGUUUACACUUUUGACCAGUCUGGCGUUUAAAACCAGAAAGUUUAGUAUAAUGUCCAUUUCUUUAACCAUUUACUAUACUGUCAGUAUCAAAACAAAUGUACUGAUGAUUUGAAAUAAAUUGAUUAAGAUGGUAAGAAGACAUUGUUAACAAU